AGCUCCCGGAGCCGCUCAGCCUGGCGCCCGCGCCCCGCGCCCGCAGCCCGCCCAGGCGGAGUCAGCCCGCGCUCCGCCCGCCGCGCUUCGGGCUCGGAGGUCCGGACUCCGGGCUCGCCGCCUGCCGGGCCGGCUCCGCGCCCCGCACUCCCGCGCGCCGCGUCCCCGCGGGCGGAGCGCACCAUGCCGCAGCUGGACUCGGGCGGGGGCGGCGCGGGCGGGGGCGACGACCUCGGCGCGCCUGACGAGCUGCUGGCCUUCCAGGACGAGGGCGAGGAGCAGGACGACAAGAGCCGCGACAGCGCCGCGGGCCCCGAGCGCGACCUGGCCGAGCUCAAGUCGUCGCUGGUCAAUGAGUCCGAGGGCGCGGCGGGCGGCGCGGGGGUCCCUGGGGCCGGUGCCGGGGCCCGCGGCGAGGCGGAGGUCGGGGCCGAGGCUCUCGGGCGGGAACACGCUUCGCAGAGACUUUUCCCCGACAAACUUCCAGAGUCUCUGGAAGACGGCCUGAAGGCCCCGGAGUGCGCCAGCGGCAUGUACAAAGAUACCGUCUACUCGGCCUUCAAUCUGCUUAUGCACUACCCACCCCCUUCGGGAGCAGGGCAGCACCCCCAGCCGCAGCCCCCACUGCACAACAAGGCCAGUCAGCCAGCCCACAGCGUCCCACAGCUCUCUCCUCUCUAUGAACAUUUCAGCAGCCCACACCCUACACCUGCACCAGCCGACAUCAGCCAGAAGCAAGGAGUUCACAGGCCUCUGCAGACCCCUGACCUCUCUGGCUUCUACUCUCUGACCUCAGGCAGCAUGGGACAGCUUCCCCACACUGUGAGCUGGCCCAGCCCUCCUCUCUACCCCCUGUCCCCUUCCUGCGGAUAUAGACAGCACUUCCCUGCCCCCACUGCAGCCCCUGGCGCCCCCUACCCCAGGUUCACCCACCCAUCCCUGAUGCUAGGCUCCGGUGUGCCUGGUCAUCCUGCAGCCAUCCCCCACCCGGCUAUCGUACCUCCCUCAGGCAAGCAGGAGCUGCAGCCAUAUGACCGUAGCCUGAAGACACAGGCAGAAUCCAAGGCAGAGAAAGAGGCCAAGAAGCCAACCAUCAAGAAGCCACUCAACGCCUUCAUGCUGUACAUGAAGGAGAUGAGAGCCAAGGUCAUUGCAGAGUGUACACUCAAGGAGAGUGCUGCCAUCAACCAGAUCCUGGGCCGCAGGUGGCACGCGCUGUCUCGGGAAGAGCAGGCCAAGUAUUAUGAGCUGGCCCGAAAAGAGAGGCAGCUGCACAUGCAGCUCUACCCAGGCUGGUCGGCGCGGGACAACUAUGGGAAGAAAAAGAGGCGGUCACGAGAAAAGCACCAGGAGUCCAACACAGAUAACUCUCUUCACUAUUCCUAGGAGGAAAAAGAAAUGCAUUCGGUACUUACCCGGAGAAGGCCGCUGCCCCAGCCCAGUUCCUUCCGAUGACAGUGCUCUAGGCUGCCCCGGGUCCCCAGCCCCCCAGGACUCGCCCUCAUACCUCCCGCUACCCCACUUUCCCACAGAACUGCUUGCUAGCCCUGCGGAGCCGGCGCCUACAUCACCAGGUCUCUCGGCUGCUCUCAGCCUCCCAGCCCCCUGGACCCCAACAGGCCCCCCACAGCGUCCUGCAGAGUACACAGCUGCAACGACAGGAAUCUCAGAGACGGGCAGCCUAGCAUGUACAGGACACCUGGCCGCCUCCAGGGGCUCAUCCUCUGAGAGGAAGCGACAGAGCCCCAAAGCACGUGGGAACUGGCCAGGGGCCCCGUUACCUCCCUCUCAGGGACCGGGCCCAGGAGACUUGCGAGGCUGCACAACUUCUGCCUGAACCCGGGGCCAUCAGUUCAAACUACGCCAAAUGGUGGGAAUCAGAUCUGCAUUGUGUCAUCUAAUUAAGGGCAUCCCUUGUGCCUACAGCAGCCUGCAUCUGUUCCUUUUACCCUCUAUCUUGCUGGCCAGAUGCCCCUGCCUCCCUUGCUUUUCUACUAUAGGUCACAGAUAGGCUGGACUAAGCCCAGCUGCUUUCCCCACCCUACACCUCCUUGGCCCCAUCACUGCCACGCCCUCCCCAUACCACACACUUCAAGGACCAAGAAUGAGCUGGUUUACAAAACCACAUGUGAGCAUGGUCACAACCACAUGCUCAAGACAAUAAUGCUUCUCUUAACCUGGAGAAGCCCUGUUGACAGAAAAGGAGUUAUUCAUAAACUGGACCAGAGUAAGCCUUUUGCUGUGUCCUCAAGAGCUUACAAGACUAGGAGGAAAUGGAACAGGUUAAGUUUAGGCCUAUUACCACAGGCAGUAGGAAUAACCUGACACUACCUUAUCAGGCAAGUAUGGGCAGUGAGAGGUAUCUGGCUCUAGUUCAUAUUACUUGGGUAUGUUUCCAAGAGAAACUCAACCUCCCAAGAAGCUCUGAUACCAAGGUCCCAUGCCUGUUACUAGUGACUGAACUCAAAAGAAAUUAUGGCCCCAAAUCCAGCAUGCAUCCCUCCCUACACCAAGAGCCUCUGUCACAGUUCUAGCUCCUGCUUGUCCAGGUCAGUCUAGCCAGCUCUUGGGCAGUUUUAAGAGGGCAAACCAAACCUCAUGACCCCCAAUGCUCACCUUACAGCACUGAAAUCGCUUCAGUUUCAGUUUCCCGAAGGGGCUGCAGGAAGGAGGACCAUCAGCAUCCAAGCAAGGAGCCCAGAGAACCUCUAGUGGUGGUCAGUGGGUUUUCACCACCGCCUAGUUUAACCCAUUUCUGAGCCAAGCUUCAAGCCUGAGCCUUAAAAAACAAACUUUUAAUUUAACUUUUUUUGUCUCCUCCUCAACUGUAUAUAGCCUGAACCCAAAGAAAAGGGGCUGUUCCUAUACCCACACACCCCUCAACAAAAGCCUUCAUAGUUCCUACUUUAGCCACUGGCUUCUCAGAAUCCAAAGAUCAUAUAUUCUAGUGUAGUGUUGCAAGAAGUCUUGAGAAAAAGAAAAGGACUAUUGUAGUGUUCAAAAUAUUUUUGUAUUGUUAAUGCAUCAUCAUACAAAAACUUUUUUUAACAUGAGAAUAAAGAUACUUUUUACUGGGUUUCUUUUUCAAAGUUGACCCUGAGGAAUAUGCUGUUUCAGUAACAGAGCAUACAGACUACUUUUCUUCCCCACAGCCAUAAAACUUGGGGUUUACUCUCUAUAAUGGUACACACAUUCUAAAGACUUUCAGUCCACCUCACCUCCCUGCUGCAACCCUGAGAGCUAAGCUCAUUCUAGGUGUAAACUACUAUUCCAAGCCUUGGUCCUAACUCCCCAAUCCUCGGACCUCACAAGUGAUGCAGGUGCAGGCUAGCCUGCACACGACAUUGCGCUGGAAACUGCCACCACGGACCCACAUGACCACCAGGCUCCAUCUUCCCCUCCAUUUUCCUUCCACACAAAGACUGAACACAAGUAUACAUCCUAUUUCAAGGAAAACCAGACCAGGAGUCUUCUAUAAUUUGGGAUCAGAAAUUUCAAAAGGGCAUUUUAACAGCACCCUUUCUUCCCCAAAACUAUUAAGGUGCUUGAGAUAUCUUCGUAUUUUUACAGAAAGCCUCUCCAGUUUGAUAAAUCUUCAGACUACUUUUAUACAGCAGUGUCCAUCAUGUUUAAGAAUACAGCUAACUCCUAAAACCCAACAUGAAUGUAAAAGGUGUCAUAAAGCCACCUCAAUAGGUCAAUCAACUGUUAGAUACAAAUGCUGGACAAGAAUAUCACAACAGCCAGCCACUGGGCCACCGAUCAUGCACUGUACUUUUCACUGAGUUCUAUUUUUGGGAUUUUAUGUUUGAAAAUAUUUAUAAAUAAAGUCAUCUUCCAGAGUAGUGUCUAUUUAAAGUAGGCCACUGGAAGCUGUAA